GAAAAAUGGCCGGAAACCCUGCGGACCAGGGCCGCGACUUCGACCGCUCUCCAGAGAAUUUGAAGGCAAUAUUAAGGAAAACUUUUCGUCUUAAGGAGUUUCGGGACAAUCAACUUGAAGCAAUUAAUGCAACUUUUGAGGAAAAAUAUGUCUUUGUUGUUGGUGAUAAUGGUGCUGGUAAAAGCCUGUGCUACCAGCUACCAGCCUGCUUGUCUGCUGGAGUCACUGUGGUGAUCUCUCCACUCAUCUCCCUCAUCCAGGACCAGAUCCAGAAACUCACAGAACUGGGUAUUGAGGCCAGGACUCUCUCGGGUGAUAAAGGUUGCAGCGAUGCAGAUAGUAUCUACCAACAGUUGUCUGAAGAGGAUCCGAUAAUCAAACUGCUCUACGUCACCCCCGAGAAGGUGAGAAUGAGUGAUCCACUGAUCGAGGCUCUGCAGAGCCUGAGAGUCCGAGGUCUUCUUGCUCGGUUUGUUAUCGAUGAGGCCCAGUGCAUCAGUCAGUGGGGCGACAACUUCCGGCCAGACUACGGGACGUUGAAUGAGCUGCAGCAGGACUUUCCGGGGGUGCCCAUAAUUGCUGUGUCAGGCCCCAUCGCGCCCCACAUCCAGGAGGACAUCCUCAAAAGGCUGCAGAUGACCAAGCCUCAGGUGUUCACCAUGAGCUUUAACCCAACAAAUCUAAAGUAUGCCGUGAAGACCAGAACACUGGAUAGGGGAACGGACUGCAUUACCUGGAUCAAGGAGCACUAUCCACAUGACUCAGGCAUCGUGUACUGCUGGAGACAAGACGACUGUGACAACAUGGCAGACAGCCUGAACAAGGCAGGCCUGCUGGCAUGUUCAUAUCACGCUGGGAAGACUGGUGAAUACAGAGAGAGUGUGCAGAACAGGUGGAAAGAAAAUAAAUGCCAGGUCAUCUGUGCCACCAUAGCCUUUGGCAUGGGCAUCCACAAGCCGGACGUGCGGUACGUGAUCCACAGCGUUCUGCCCAAGUCCAUGGAACGCUACCAGCGGGAGACCGGGCGGGCCGGCAGGGACGGGAACGUGUCCCACUGCAUCCUGUUUUACAACUACAAAGACUAUGAAGACCUUCGCUAUGUCAUCAGCCGUGUGUCUUGCUCCAUUUAA